UAUUUUCUCGUGAACAUUCAGAGCCAACGGCUUGGUAGAGAAAACAGAGACUUAUUACAGGAGUUGUAAAACAUUGUUCCUUUUUAUUCUAUCUCUUUCAGCAAUAUGACAUUCUUUAACGUUGAUAGAAACUUCUAAUCUCCCCCAGGUGCGCCGUGGUGGAUUCUACCGUUUUCUGCAAUAAGGUCGAUUUUUAACUAGCUUUUGGAUUACACGUGAACUGUCGCACAUAUAAGUUGGAGGACUCUUUCGGGAAAGCAGACACAGAAAAGAAAACAGUGACAGAGAGUCUUACUGAUUUAUGCAACUCGCUUUAUUUGGAUUAUUACAAAUUCAACGGCAUACAUGUACAACUACGGAAACCAAGGCAGAGGAAUCAAUCGGACCUUCCCAGAAAACAGCUCUGGAUCAGGCUCGAGCUCCGCGUCUCUCACUACAGCCACUGGCACAACUCAACAACAACAACAACAGCAAAAGUAUUCCGUGGCAGGAUCCAGUCAGUUUGUUCCUAGUCUCAAUGCUAUAACUUCAAACCAGGAUCUUCAAUGGAUGCUUCAGCCCUCCCUUUUGGGCUCAGCAGGACCAUCCAGGCCACUCCGACCAUCCUACCAACUGCCACCUAGAGUGCCUGCAAUGAAUCCUCACCCUAGUCAAUCACAUCUAUUCCAACCAGGUGUUAUUAGAGCAGCUACUGGUGUCGGAAGCUCAACAACAAGCAGAAAUUAUGAACAUCUGUCCCAUGAGGAGCUUGAGAGGCGAAGGAUUAGAAGGGAACGAAACAAAAUGGCUGCGGCAAAAUGCAGGAAUCGUCGCCGUGAACUGACUGACACAUUGCAAAAUCAAACUGACCAUUUAGAGGAUGAAAAAUCACGUCUGCAGAAGGAGGUCGCUGAGCUCCAGAAGCAAAAAGAGAAGCUUGAGUUGGUCCUUGAGGCCCAUAGACCCAUCUGCAAAGUCCAAGACUCUGACUCUGAUUCUGACUCCUACACUGAUCUCCCUGCCCUGGGUGCCAUCAAGAUGGAGUCUGUAGACCCCGAUCUUCCUGGACCCUUUGGAGAAUCAAAGAGUCACACCGAGCCUAAUAAACCCAAACCCAAAAUAAUCAUCCCACCUCCAGCUCCAGCCUCCUCUGUUGCAAGUGUACCCCUGGAAUCUGAGUCUCUUCAUACCCCUGUCCUCAUCUCCACUCCUUCUCUGACUCCUUUUUCUGCCAGCCUGAUCUUCAGCUAUCCCUCCUCUUCGCUGGAUACCAGCUCUGCUGCUUUAUCCCAAACUCUCGGUCCAUCCUCCUCCCAGCACGGUGCCAGCCGGUCUUCUCGAAACCCUCAGCCGUGUGGUGUUGCUCAUCGUCGCAGCAGCAGCAGUGGAGAUCAGUCAGAUCAUUCUCUUAAUUCACCAACCAUCCUCACCCAAUGAUUACUCGUCUACUCUGCAUCUAGAUUGUUUAGGAAUGCCAUACAUGUCCUUAGUACUACAUAAAAGCAUAACAAGUACAACUGUGCUGCAUGUGUUAUGCUUUUAAAUGUGUAUUCUGUGUUUACCUUUAUUAAUGGUAUUUAUCAAGCAACGUCAAUGCAUUAUAAGAUUACAGAAGCACUAACAAGUUAAACUCAUUUGCAAGUCGCUUUGGAUAAAAGCAUCUGCUAAAUGUAAAUGUAAACUGUGCACAUAAGAAUGUCUAUUGCAAAGUAGAAGGUAAUAGAAUCCUUUAUAUGAAGUAGACAGAAAUCAGUAGUGCACCGUUUGAUUUCACACUGAAAAGAAAAUUGACUGACUUUUAAGGUACACUCAGUAAUUUUUUCCCCAUUACAAAAGUUUUACACAAAGUGUAUAUAGUACUUUUGAAAUAAUUUUCUUUUUAAAUAAUGUACACUCGCAUCUGAUGAAGACUUAACUGCUAUAAGUGGGGCGGGUCGCCUCAUGGGAGUUGACCUGUUGAGAUCACAUGACCGGCUGAAUACUACUCACUUCAUCUUGGUAACCCUGUUAUUGGACUUUUGGCUCAAUAAAUUAAUCAUGGGUGCCAAAUAUGCCUGUGAAUAAGACAUUUCUACAAUGGCAAUGCUUUUGUGUGAUACUACAUCCAUGCCAACAGGUCUGCCAGUGAAACAAACAAUUACUGAGUGUAUUUUUAAAAGGAUAGUUCACCCCAAAAUUAAGAUUCUCUCAUCAUAUACUCACCCUCAUGCCAUCCCAGAUGUGUAUGACUUUCUUCUGCUGAACACAAAGAUUUUUAGAAGAAUAUAUCAGCUCUGUAGGUCCUUCCAAUGCAAAUGAAUGGUGGCCAGAACUUUGAAGCUCCAAAAAAACAACAACAUAAAGGCAGCAUAAAAGUAAUUCGCAGCACUCCAGUGGUUUAAUUUGUCUUCUGAAGCAAUGCAAUCACUUUGGGUGAGAAACAGAUCAAUAUUUCAAUCCUUUUUUACUAUAAAUCUUCACUUUCAGAAUGUAAAAGUGAAAGUGGAGAUUUAAAGUAAAAAAAAGACUUUAAUAUUGAUCUGUUUCUCACCCACACCUAUUGUAUUGCUUCUGAAGUCUAAGUCUUAUGAAUUACUUUUAUACUGCCUUUAUGUGCUUUUUGGAGUUUCAAAUGUCUGGUCACCAUUCACUUGCAUUGUGAGGACCUACAGAGCUGAGAUAUUCUUCUAAAAAUCUCUGUUUGUGUCCAGCAGAAGAAAGAAAGUCAUACACAUCUGGGAUGGCAUGAGGGUGACUAAAUGAGAGAAUUUUCAUUUUUGGGUGAACUAUCACUUUAAGCCCAUAACAUUUGACUGUAGUAGAAUUAAUAAUAUUGUUAUUCACAUAUUCAUUUACUUCAACUUCAUAUUUCUUAAUAGAUACAUAGACUGGUGGUGGUACUGUAGCAGUUAAAUAUCUGGUUGGCUAGCAAAAGAUUUACUUCAAGGAACCUAUUUGAAAAAAAAAGGGAAAAAUAUUUAUUUUUAUUGUUAGCAAUUAUAGAAAUGGUAGAGUCUAAAUUAGAGUAUUACCUAAUUUUAUUUGGUUAUACCGUAACAUACCAUGUGAGUGCACAUAAUGUUAUUUUGUGUUUUGUUGUUGUUUGUUUUUAAUUGUAGUUUAAAAUGAUACAGAGUUAUAAUGAGUUAUAAGUGCAUUCGAAUAAGCUAGUUUAAAAGAAAUUGAAGGGAUGUAGCCUACCUGCAACACCACAAUAGAACACUGGGCAUGUGCACUUCCAUAACAAUUUCACUGUUACACUGGUUGCAAAGUUAUAUUUUAACAGAUACUUGGUUGAACACUUCAGUGGUUACUCCAUAGCACAUUUUUCUAUAAAGUACAAAGUUGUAUGAUGUUCACAGGCCAGUAGUAAUUUAUUAAGAUCUUCACUUUAUGAUGAACUGAGCACACUACAGUAUAUGUUAGACUAUACUAGCCUUGAUCACACAAGUAUAGAUUUCUAUUUAUUUUUGAAAACCUACAGUAUAUUUUUUAAAUGAAACUUUUUACUUAUUUAUGAUAGUUCCUUGAAUAAGGACAAAUGUUGCAUGCUAUAACAUCUAAUAAACAAUGACUGAAAAUAUAUGCUGUUAACAGUAAUAAUUUUCAAAAUAAAAUCCUUCAAUAACUUCUGAA